AUGGCGGCGGCCUCCGCCGAGCCCGCGCCGCCCGCCUGCCGCUUCUUCCUGGAGGGCCGCUGCCGCUUCGGCGCCCGCUGCCGCCAGCCGCACCCCGGCGCGCCGGCGCCGCCCAGCCGCGAGCCGCAGCCCGGGGCCGAGGCCGGGGCCAAGAAGCCGCCCAUGCGCACGGCCGCGGCCGUCGUCCAGCGCAUCCGCUGGGACCCGCGCCUCGACCCCGCCGACUUCACGGUGGGCUACGCCGACCGCUUCCUGGGCGUGCGCGAGGAGCCCUUCACCGCCUUCUGCUGGGACGAGCCGCUGGCCGCGCUCGGGCCGGGCGUGCUGGCCGUGCCGCAGCACCGCGUGCGCUACUUCCGCUUCCGCGGCCGCACCGUGUGGGACCGCGCCUCGCGCACCGACCUGGUGUUCGGCUCCGGCGCGGCGGCCGGCCGCGGGCCCACCAUCCUCGACGCGCUGGACGCCGGCGGGGACGAGCGCGACGGCGGGGGCGCCCAGGACGGCGGGGGCGCGCACGAAGACGGGGACGAGCAUGAAGGAACAGACGCCCAGGACGGCGGGGGCGCGCGCGGAGGCACGGACGCCCAAGACGGCGGGGGCGCGCACGGAGGCACGGACGCCCAGGACGGCGGGGGAGCGCGGCAGAACACAGACGCCAAGGACGGCGCGAACGGGAACGAAGACGGGGACGAGCAUGAAGGCACGGACGCCCAGGACAGCGGGGGCGCGCGCGGAGGCACGGACGCCCAGGACGGCGGGGGCGCGCACGAAGACGGGGACGAGCAUGAAGGCACGGACGCCCAAGACGGCGGGGGCGCGCACGGAGGCACGGACGCCCAGGACGGCGGGGGAGCGCGGCAGAACACAGACGCCAAGGACGGCGCGAACGGGAACGAAGACGAGGACGAGCAUGAAGGCACGGACGCCCAGGACGGCGGGGGCGCGCGGGCGGCCCUGAACAAACAGAGGCCCGCCACUGGUCCUGCGGGACCGGAGGCCCAGGUUGCCCAGGGCGGAGGGAGUAGAAAGCCAGCAUGGACAGGGCUCGGGCCGGGCAGGGUUCACGACCCCGGAACCCAAGCUCAGACACCGACCGCGGAGCUCCCAGGCCUGGAGGAGACGCAGGCCCCGGCAGCCCAGGGGUGGGGCUCGGCGGCCUGGCUCGUGGAUGUCGGAGACACGGGUGGAGACACCGGUGUGGGAAGGGCGGCAGCGCCUCGUCAGCCCCGCCCCACGCACUUCGUGGCCCUCAUGGUGACCGAGCCCAGGCUACAGAACGCGGUGGCCGAGGCCCAGCAGCAGCUGGUCCAAGUGGCCCCGUCCUGCGCCCCAUUCCUGGUGCCCACACAGGCCCUGCACCUGACCGUGGUCCUACUGCGACUGGUGGGCACCGGGGAGGAAGCGGCGGCGACCGACGCUCUGAGACGGGCGCUGGCGGCCCCAGGCCUUCAGGCACCGCCACAGCUGACGUUUGGCGACCCGGUGCUCCUGGGCCACCAUGUGCUCUGUGCCCUGCCCGACCCCCCCAUGGACAGCAUGGCGCAAGCUCUGAGCCGGAGGCUGGAGGCCGAGGGGCUUCGGGUACUGCAGCCUCCCGGCGGCCUGCGCCCCCACCUCACUCUAGCCAAGGUACCCCGCGGGUCCAGCGCCCGCCUCCCGCUCGCGGGGCGCGGCUGCAGCCUGAGCCGGGAGCUGUGGAGCGGGGCCCUGCGGAAACUCUGCCUGUGCCGCAUGGGCAGGGCGGGGGGCGCCUACCAGCCCCUGGCUGAGAUCCCCCUCGGCUGACCUGGGGGCGCCUCACACUGGAAGGGGCAAAGCGCGCUCUCUCUCUUUCUCUUUAAUUUGGUUUCUCUCAAGCUUCCAAACGGUGUGCAGCGCUCCAAGGAAAGAAUGGAGGGAGGAGAGGGGAGGGGAGGCGGAGGCGGCCGUCCGGAGGCGGCGGCCCGGUUUGCAAGCUCGCGCCUCCGUUACAUGGCAGAAGAGGGAGGGAGGGCCAAAAGAAAGGGGAGGGAGAAGAAAAAACAACUGAAAUCCACACACACAUAAAGAAAGAGAAGGAAACAUGACGUGA